GUGAGCUGUGAUUGGUCACAGCUUGUCACAUGGUACAAGGCUGUUGUGAAUAGCCUUGUUCCAUGUGACCUCUGUGAUCAUUCACAGAUUUCACAUGUAGUAAGCAAUGAUGUCAGAAGUGACAUCUUGCUUUCUACUCUUCAUGUGAUCACUGAUUGGCCAUUCAGUGAUCACAUGAUCCAGACCUCGCACAGAGGUCCCACUAGAUGCUGGACAGCAGUCAAGGCACAGUAGUAGACUGAACCAUGCUUUGCUAAACACAAAAAAGGACAAAUCUGGUUUAGGUAGAGUGUCUACUGUCUGAUGUCUCCUUUUAGAUUGAUUGACAACUAUGUAGUGCAAGGUCC